AUGGUUGUGGUGGAUAUGAACGAUGUGGAGAGCAAGGUGGUGCUGGAAGAGGGAGUGGUUGCCGUGGAGCCUGUUGAAGUAGUCGUUGACAAUGUGGUACCAGAGGUAGAGGAGGUGUCGGAUGUGACUGACGAAGAGCUGCUUGUUGAACUGCCACUGGUGCUGAUGGACACACUUGUGCUCCCACCUGUACCGUUAGAAGUUGAGGUUGAAGUUGUUGAAAUGCCGGUGGUGAGGGUUGACGUGAAAGAGCUCCUGCUGGUACCCAAAGAGGUUGUGGUGUUUCCCCCAAUGGGACCAACGCCAUUGCUACUCGAAAGGGACGUUGUUGUACUGGUGAUGCUAGUGGAAGUAACGGUGCUGUCUCUCGCGGCAGUUGAGCUGGUCAACAUGCUGAGAGAGGCGGAGGUGGAUGGAGAGCUUGACGUCUUUGCGCCUCCAGUGCUGCUGCCGAAAGUGCUUGUCGAUGCACUGGGGGUUCUGGAUGAACCUGAAGAUGUGGAGCCUCCAAUUGGGCCAAUGCCACUGCCGCUGCCGCUGCCGGAUGAGGAAGACGUUGAGAGCACGGAGGUGCUAGACGACUCUUGGGUGGUAGUCGGAUAG